UUUGCUCCGCCUUUACGAGGAAAUAUCGCGAGAAAGAGUUCUUCCGGCUCCCCUUUUCGCCCGGAGUCCAAGAUGGGAGUGGAUAUCAGACACAACAAGGACAGGAAGGUCCACAGGAAGGAGCCGAAGAGCCAGGAUAUCUACCUCCGGCUCCUGGUCAAGCUCUAUCGGUUCUUGGCUCGUCGCUCCAAUUCUAACUUCAACAAGGUUGUCCUGAAGCGCCUGUUUAUGAGCCGCAGCAAUCGACCUCCUUUGUCUUUGUCCCGCUUGAUUUCUAAAAUGAAGCUUGAUGGACGUGAAGGCAAGAUAGCUGUUGUUGUUGGAACUGUCACGGAUGAUGUGCGCCUUCAGGCUGUCCCAAAGCUCAAGGUGUGCGCUCUGAGGUUUACAAGUGGAGCACGCAACAGAAUUUUGAAAGCUGGUGGUAAGGUUAUGACCUUUGAUCAGCUUGCUCUAGCAUCUCCUAAGGGCAGAGGAACUGUCCUCCUGUCAGGUCCCAGAAAGGGCAGAGAAGUGUACAGGCAUUUUGGCAAAGCUCCUGGCACUCCUCACAGCCACACCAAGCCUUAUGUUCGCUCAAAGGGACGAAAGUUUGAACGUGCUAGAGGCCGCAGAGCAAGCAGAGGUUACAAGAAUUAAUUUCUGUUGGACUGUUCUUACUUUUUGUCAAGUUUAUGUACAGAAAAUAAAGACUGCUGGUCUUGCAUGUUA